AUGGCAUGUCUGGAACAUUCAUCACUUGUCCACAAUCUCACAUCACAGAAGAACAAGCUACAGGAGACUUAUGAGAAGCUUGUUGAGGAUGUGAACAACCUACUUGAUACCCAGGACAAUAUUCCCAAGGAAAAUGAAGUCCAACAAGGUGAACAUGAGGAGAUCACUCCUCCUUUGGACAACAAUAUUUCAGCUUUGAAGGAACAGCUGGGUGCAAUGGAUGCUGAGAACAAAGAACUGAAGCAAAAGGUUGACCAGUUGAAGAGCAUUCAGGUUGCCCAAGGUAAUGUGAUUAGGAAUUUGAAGUUUGCUCAUUUGAAGGAGAAGGAAAAGUUGAGCACUGAGAGGAGGAAUUUGGAGUUUCACAUUGCUGAUCUUGUCAAAGCUAGUGACAAGAACAAGAGAAAGCUGAAGGACAUCAAGGAUAUUUGCGAUGAAGAGUGA